CCUAGGGGUCGAUUGGAGUUUGGGGGGUGGGUGGGGUGGGAGGGGAGGGGAACCCCCACUGUCCCGGCUCGGCCUUGCCCUGCCCUCCGCGGGCCACCCCGCACACGGCGCCUCCGCGGGGGGAAUAUGAGCCCCCGCCGGCCCGUCAAUGUGGCUAUCUCGCUCGCUGCACAGAGGAGCGGUUCUCGCUGAGGAAGCGGAGCGGCUGCCCUCCCGGCCGGCCGAGCUGGCCCAGGGCCACUUCUACCCGCGCUGCUACCAGCGCUCCGAGGCCGCCAUGGCCGCACCGUUCUGCGGCCAGGAGCAGCAGCAGCAGCCGCCGCCGUGCCAGGAGCAGCAGGGCCUAGGCCCAGCCCGACCCGAAGCGCCGCCGCCGCGACAGGAGUCGCUACCUCCGCCGCAGCAGCAGCAGUGCGGCCUCUGCUGCGCCCGGGGCCCCGGGUCACGCUCCCGUUCCAGCCCGGCUGACGAGCUGCGGCUACUGCCUUGUCGCCACUCCUUCUGUCAGGCCUGCCUAGAAGCUCACGGCGGCAGGCGACGGCGGCCCGGGGGCCCUAGCAGCAACAACAACGGAGGGCCAGCCCCUCACCGUGUCCGGCCCGAGGCCGAGCCCUCGCCUCCCGCCGCGUCUUCCUCCUCCUCUUCCUCCUCCUCCUCGGCCAACUCGUGCGGGCCUCCCGACCUGGCCUGCCCCAUCUGCGACAGCCGCAUGCCGGCCGCCGACAAUGACGGGCUGCCCGCCGACCUGCUGCUGCUCAACAACCUGCUUGACGUGGUGUCGGCAGCCGAGGACGAAUUGGACGGAGGCGUGCAGCGGCGGAGCCGCGCCAAGGGCUCGCAGUCGGGCUGCAGCUCCUGCGACGAAGGCGCGCCGGUGACCUCCCGCUGCAUGGACUGCGCCGAAUACCUGUGCGAUCACUGUGUCCGGGCGCACCAGCGGGUCCGGCUCACCAAGGAGCAUGUCAUCCAGCGCUUCAGGCAGCACCAUUACAACCAGCAGCCGUUCGCCAGCCUGCCGCUCGCACAUGACCGGCUCAGCUACUGCCAGCACCACGACAACCAAGUGAUGCGUCUGUACUGUGAUACCUGCGCUGUGCCGAUUUGUCGAGAAUGCACAAUGAGCCGUCAUGUAGGUCACAGCUUUGUCUACCUCCAGGAUGCCGUACAGGACUCCAAAGAAAUAACCUUACAGUUAUUAGCAGAUGCACAGCAAGGCCGGCAGGCCAUUCAGCUCAGUAUAGAGAAGGUUCGAGCUAUGGUGGAACAAGUAGAGAUGAAAGCUCAAGUUAUUCGAUCAGAAGUCAAAGCGGUAACUUCACGGCACAAGAAGGCUUUAGAGGAACGUGAAUGUGAGCUAUUACGAAAAGUGGAAAAGAUCCGGCAAAUGAAGGCCAAGACUCUACACCUCCAAGUAGAAGCACUGCGUGAGAAUUUAUCCAGGCUGGAGAGCACAAUAGACUGUGUGCAGAAGGCCCUAUUAGAUGGGCGAGAUGUGGAUGUACUCUUGGCAAAAGAGCAAAUGUUUGUCCAAAUCCAAGAUCUGAAGAAACUUAGGAAUCUCCUUCAACCUCAGGACGACGACACCCUUUCGUUCAUUCCGCCUGAUGGUGUAUUAUACAAGGCCAUCAAGUCGUUAGGCAUAAUCAGUAGCAGUGCAUAUGCCCCACUAUCUACAGCUGCUGGUGAGGGACUGAAACGAGCACUGCGUGGGAAAAUGAGCAGCUUCACCGUGAUCACCAAGGAUCACACUGGCGAAGGGAGAUCAUCUGGUGGUGAUUUGGUAGUAGUUGUUAUAAUGGGACCUGAUGGGUGUCUCUUUCGAGCAGAUGUUCUUGACCAUCAUGAUGGCACCUAUACAGUUAAUUACUCCCCACAUCUGGAAGGAGAGCAUGUAGUUUCAGUUACAAUUCGUGGGCAGCAUAUUGAGAAUAGCCCCUUCCGUGUAAUUGUCAAAGCAGGUCGUAACUACACUGGGAUUGGGCUUCCAAUUUGCUCUUUUGGUGGAGAAGGGGAUGAGGAUGGGCAGCUCUGUCGGCCAUGGGGUGUGUGUGUCAACAAAGAAGGUUAUAUCAUUAUUGCUGAUCGUAGCAAUAACCGUGUCCAGGUGUUCACACCAAGUGGGACAUAUCACCACAAGUUUGGCACAGCAGGUUCCAGACCUGGACAGUUUGAUCGUCCGGCUGGUGUUGCAUGUGAUCAGAAUUGUCGGAUCAUAGUGGCCGAUAAGGACAACCACCGUAUUCAGGUUUUCACUUUUGAGGGGCAGUUCAUCCUUAAAUUUGGGGAGAAAGGAAGCAAAAAUGGCCAAUUCAACUACCCUUGGGAUGUUGCCGUCAAUACUGAUGGGAAGAUCCUGGUGUCAGACACCCGCAAUCAUAGAGUUCAGCUUUUUGGGCCAGAUGGAAACUUUGUCAGUAAAUAUGGCUUUGAGGGGGCUUUGUGGAAGCACUUUGAUUCUCCUCGUGGAGUGGCCUUUAACCAUGAAGGACACCUAGUGGUAACAGAUUUCAACAAUCACCGGCUGCUGGUAAUCCACCCUGACUUCCAGUCAGCACGCUUCCUUGGUUCCGAAGGCACAAGCAACGGGCAGUUCCUCCGACCUCAGGGUGUAGCGAUUGACCAAGAAGGCCGCAUCAUUGUAGCCGACUCCAGGAAUCAUCGUAUUCAGAUCUUUGAACCAAAUGGCAACUUCCUGUGCAAGUUUGGGACGCAAGGCAGUGGCUUUGGGCAGAUGGACCGUCCAUCUGGAAUAGCCCUAAUGCCAGAUGGACUGAUAGUAGUAGUCGACUUUGGCAACAAUCGUAUCCUCUUGUUUUAAUGCUGUGUUCUUGUUUUUCUAUAUUGUGGAUUUGUUGCUCAGGGACAAUAUCUUAAUUGUUUUCCCUAUAGAAGACAGGUAUUUUUUUCUGUCAUCUACCUCAUGUUGGUAUAGUGUGAGCUUGAGCUGUGAGACUACUUCAAAACUACAUAAAUUUAUAGCAGACCUACCUCACUGCCUGCAGAUGUUGGGCUGACUAAUGUUUGAAUAUUUCCAUGGAACUGUGCAAGUGUGUCCAGGCAAUUGGUGCCUUUAUGAUCUGAAUCCAAAGACUUGUAUCUUAGUAUUAAAAGUUGUCUUGUAGCUUUAUUUAAUGCAAAUCUCUCAGGUAGGAAGACUAUUGGCCACUUGUAUAAGCCUAAAAAUAGCCAAUUGUGGGUGACUGAUAAAGGCUUUGGCUGCCUACCUGCAUACAUGUUGUUUUCAGGGAUUAUUUGAUAUUGAACAUCUUGUAUGUUUAGCCCUAUGCUUUCUGAAUGUAACCCUACACUCCACCUGAAUGUAAACUAAAUACCUCUUUUGUUUUGUUUUAGGGUGUAAUGUUCUUUGGCCUGAUGCACAUAGAAGCUCUUGAGGGGUUCUUCUGAGUGUUAAUUUUGGGGUGUUUCAUAAAACAAAAAUAUUGAGUUAUCAUGUGAUACCCUGAAGCUCAAUCUAUAUUUAUGGCACCUGGAAUAACAAAAAUAUAUUUACCUCUACUGCAAUCUCAGGUACCUGUAUGAAAUCUAUUUCCUACUCAAUUAGUAGGCUGUAUUUGGUCUUGGAGGCAGUAUUACUUAGUAUUGGAAGAAAAUUGGCUGUUUUUUUUAAAAAGCUGUUUUUGGCUCUUGUAUAGUCCUAUUUGGGAUCCACAGAAAAAUGGUGUAAAUCUGCAUGGCCUUUUAUCAUGUGCUGUGACCAAUACCAUAGACAGAAAUUAGGUAUGGGCCUAAUUUGAAUAUCCAGUCUGUUCUCAAUGCCAGCCUUUCUCAAUGGGAAAAUAUUCAAUCAUCUAAGUAAUUGUACUUGGAUAUAAUAGUGCUUUAUGCAUUAUUUCUAUUGCAUUUUGAGAAGACCUGAUCAGUUCUUUAUUGCUGGGAUUAAGAGAAUGUGGUUGUAUUCUGUCCUUUGGUAGAAAUUAGGUCAGUUCUUUUCAGCUUGAAUAUAAUAGUUUUGUUUGCCAUGUGCUGAAGCAAUGACAGUGCUGUACGUGAAUACUCUGAUAGAACUUUGGUUUAGUAAUGGACCAAGGGUAGACUCCAUAGGUGUAAUUCCUUCUCUCAAUCACCUAUUUCCUUGUAGCCCAAAGCAGCCAGUUUAUUUAGAAAUGAGACAAUGUCUCUUUAAAACUACUCUACAAUGUUUAUGCAAAUUUCCAUCACAGCCUUGAAUUGAGAUUUGAGCUUUAAAGAAUCAGUAUUUAUAGUCUAGGAGCUGCAGCAUAUAAACAUGACACUUGCUUAAAAAUUGUUAACAACCAAAGUAGUAUAAUUUUAACACAGCCAGUUUCAGUUGACAUUCUCGGAUGCUCCACUAUUUCUGCUGCCUUACUAGUCUGGUAAUCAACGUUACAGGCACAAUUUAUUUCAUGUUUAAAGCCAUCUUCCUGCUGUUGUAGACAGCAGCAAAGCUACAAAGAAUAUAUGUACCAUCCUGCCAAUCGUAAGAUAAGGGUCCAGUAGUUCUUAAAAAAAACAGUGAACACUAUGGAUUUCCAAACGUCUCCCUGUUUUAAGAUAACUGCUUUUGUCUCAAAAUUUAGAAUUUGAUUUUUGAACUUCACUGAAGUUCAGCUACUUAUCAAAACAUGGUGUUGCCCCAGAAAGGAUUCGCUUUGAGCUUCAACAACAAUGAAUGCUUUGGCCAACCUCUGGAUGCAGUCUUUCUGAAUUCUAACGCACAAGUUCUGAAAUGCAGAGUAAUUUUAACCCUACUCCAAGCUGGCUUAGCUGUUUAGUAGGAAUUGUUUAGAAUGGAGGUGGGUGGAAAUGUUGGUCAGCAAACUAUUGGGAGAUCUAUUAUGACAGGGUAAUAUUGAUAAAAAUCGAUUUCUAUAGGUUCCAACCAAUUAUGCAGAAAGGUGAUGAUUUCUAGCUGGUCUUCAGUAGAAUUGGAAAUUACCUUAGAAUGUACAUGAUCCAGAGACAAUUUAAAGUGUGUGUACUGCAUAAUUGUGAAGUUCCUAAUGGAGUGGUUUAGCUUUCAAGAUGAAACUGGCUAAUGUGCUGCUUCAGGUGGACUGUAACAGUUGAUUUGAUAAGUUGUGGUUAGCUGUUGUAGUGUAGAAUGGCUUUUAUUUUACACAAUAGGAAAUUGCUUGAGCAUUGGUUAAUAAUUCACACUAAACUGUUGUGGAACCAGUCAGUCUGAAAUCUACUUUAAAGCUGUCCAAUGUUUUGAAAUUUGAAAUAAGCUUUGUCUUUAGAAUUAAAGCUCUACUGAGUCUAGUUCCUGUACUUUGAAUGCUGUGCUCUUAGCUUUGAGUUUUUUUACAGUUGCAACAUUAUGUGGGCUGCUUUAGAUCUCGUGGGCAUUUUUUUCCCUUCAGCACAAAUUUAGAGAUGCAAGCACACACCUGGCAUCCCUACUUGGGGUGUUAUCAAAGGUAAUUCCACUGCCUUUAAAAAAAACAAAAUAAAUAACUUGUAUAAACCAAGUCAGUCUGUUAAUGUACCAUAUUAUUGAGUUCCUCUGGGAUAGCAGUGAUCCACAUUUUUCAAAGCGAAGUAUCUUCUGAAAGUAAAAUAGGAUGACCCCAUUCCUAGUGUUCAAAUCAUUUCUGUUGAUACUGUGAGUUAUUUGAUGUGAAGUAGGACUCAGUGAUUUCUGGAGUAAUGGAGUUUUGACUUCUGACCAUUACUGUGCUUUGCUGUGGCUCCUGGGGACUUCACUAGUACAAAGUAUGAUGACCUGUCUGAUUAUGUUGCUUCCCAAUGAGAUCAUCAGAAAGGAUUUGGUGGAAUGGCUGUUCAAAGCUAAUUUGUUCGUGAAUUUGUCUCUUGAACAUUGUUUUGAUGGGACCAUAUAUAAUGAAAGACUGGGGGACCUUUUCCAGAUGUAAACUGCAUGUUAAAGAUUGGAUUCAGGGGUGAUGAAGUUAGUUUUUUUUUCAUAAGAUUUAUUCCUUAUUCUUUCCUGCCUAUUUGGCUUAGAUGUCUGCUAUCCAACUGGUAACUUAAUAUGUUCUUGAUUCAAAUGUGUGUAAUGUUGAAUUGUGUGAUUUAAGACUCGGGAGUAUUCAAAACACGUCACUUUCCAAUUUUGUACAAAUCUCCAUAGUCUAUUUUAGCUUGAAUUCAGAAAAAAAAAUUCACACAGCCUUACAAAACAAAUGUGUAGAAAAUUCACUAAAAGUGCUUAAUGGAUUUAUGUUCACAAUUCUUAAACUCAAUCAGGCACAGUAUCUUACCUCAACAAAAAGAUCAACUUGCAGAACCCUAAGUAGCCAAUAAUUUAGAGACUAGGGUCUUAAUGAUACAUAAUUCUCAGGGAAGUGAUCCUACUCUCUGAAGGUUUUAGGGUUGCAAGAUAUGGUUCUCGUGCCUUGUCAGGUAAUGGCUUUUGUCUACCUCGGUGCUUCUUUCUGCAGCAGCUUCAAACUACCUCAAGUUUAAUCCCAGUUGGCUCACAUGUCACUGGGCAAACGGCUUGCACCGGGGGCUAAUGUGCAUUGUUUUGAUACUGGGAUUUUAAUGGAACCCAUGAAUCAGCUGCUGAAAAAGUGUAGAACAAAGUAGUAAUUGCAUACUGGUUGGUGUAAAACCUUACUAGUAGAUCUAGGUUUAUCUCCUUUGGCCACAGAAAAUCCCAUUCUGCCUGCAGUGACUUCAUUAACAGUAUUUGAAGUUCCGUUAAAAUGUUUUACAGGAAAGAAAGGGCUUUUACAAUUGCAACAUUCCUCUUUAUUUGUAGCAAAAUGUUACUAAAGUAAGUCAUCUAUUAUAUGAAGGACCUUUCUUCCUUUCAACUCAAUGGCAUCAAAAAGAAGAUCCUGGGAAAAUUUGAAUUUUCUAUCUAGUCCUGCUGAAUGUUGCCAAUUUAUUAAUAUGAUAAGCACACCACUUUUGAACUUUCAGUGCAUCAAUAUAAUUUCAUCAAAUUGUGGUGUUUCACAUCUGAUGUUAUUGAGUUGAUAAAAUGGUAGCCACCAGUUUUCCUUUCUCUACACGUUGAAUGUGUAUACUUAAAAGUGUAGAAAUAGUUGGAGACAGAUCUUCGGAAUUAUUGCUGGUGAGAGGUGGCAGGGCCAUGUUUGGCAGAGAGAGGUCUCGGAUAAGGUAGAUUUGGGAACCAGUUGGACUACUGGCCAAAGAGGUGGUUCAUAAUCCACUGGUGUGCCUGCACAAAUGGAACUUGGUGAUUCGGGCACUUAGAAUUGGUGAGUUUUCUAAGCUUGCCAGUAGGUCCAAUUUAGUCUUGCAGGAUUUGGCCUUUUGUUACUAGCCAGUGCAGUUGUCUCAAACCUGACUUGAAAUACAGUAAUCCAUUUCACAUACCUAAAUAGUUUGAUGUUAAAAUGUAGACAAGAGUUGUUGACUAUUCAUUGACAAGAUGUGACCCCAGUUGUUAAUGGGAGCACCUGAUGUGCUGUUUGUUUAAAACAGAUUUUGUUUUUGUGGACUGAUUUUAUGAAGUGCUUAAGUUUUUUUUUAUAUUCUGAAACUGGGUUUCAAACCACUAGUUAAGCAGACUUUAUUCAAAAUUUAUUCUUGAGAAUUUAAGUGUCUGGUCCAAGAUCCAGAAAUCCUGGUUGAGAAGACGUAAUAUAUAGCUUAAAAGAAGUUUUCGCUGUUUUCUAAAAGCAGGGAAAUUAAGUUCUGGGCUCAUUAUUUUAGAGGCAGAGCUGCAGUAAAAUCAGAAGUUCUAUUGAUUUGUGUAAGAAGUGAUUUUGCUUAUUGCCUCUGUUCUAAUUUUAACUGUAGUCUGUGUUCUAGAUUAAGGGGAUAGCAUUAAAAUGUCUGGUGCAAGUGGUCAAAGGCCCUUUUCUCAAACUUAGACAAGUGCCUCAAAAUAACAGAGCCUGUAUCUGUAUUUAAAGAUGUCCAAGCAGUAUUUAAGUUACUGUUGUGCAACAACCCAGCAUUUAAUGUUCAUUGGUGGUUACCACUACUUAAAGGAGAGGGGAAAAUGGGGUCCUAGACUACCAAAAAGUUCAUUUUAAUAGAAUAUUCCUCUUGGGUUUGUCUUUACAGUAAGGUGACGGGUAUUUUUUUCCUCAGUUAUAUAAUUUACCUCUGAAUCAUAAGACCCAGCCUCUGCACCAAAGAAUGAGGUUUACUGACCUGGAACACUUCUUAUUCCUGUGUGUUUGAAAGCCUAAAUUGAUGUUUGUGCAAUUUUAUCUGGAUGAAAGUUCAAUAAAAUUUGUUUACA